GCACUUCGUGGCGCAGGAUGCUGGACACACACUUGUUUUAUUUUCUUCAUAUUGGCUUAUCCUUUUCGGCAGGAUGAGCACUGACGGUUGUGAUUCUUUACCGAGCUUUGCAGCCACAAUUGGAGCCAUGCUGGGCUCCAACGUCUCCAAGUCAUUGCGCGAAAGCAAUGCCACCAAGAAUUCCAGCUGUGGAUCCGUAUCAGUUGGUUUCCCUAUAACCAUGAUGAUUACUGGCAUGGUUGGCAACACUUUAGCUCUUAUUCUGGUGUAUAUCUCUUAUAGAAAGAAGGAGAAUAAAAGGAAAAAGUCUUUCUUGCUUUGCAUUGGAUCUUUGGCGUUCACUGACCUGUUUGGGCAGCUUUUAACAAGUCCAAUAGUGAUAUCAGUUUACAGAGCCGAUCUAAAAUGGGGGCGUAUCGACUCUUCUGGAAACCUUUGCGCCUUUUUCGGUGUGUGCAUGACAACUUUUGGGCUGUGCGCGCUCUUUUUGGCCAGCGCAAUGGCAAUAGAAAGGGCUAUGGCCAUAACAAACCCACACUGGUACUCCAAUAACAUGAAGACAAGUGUGACCAAGCAGACUCUGGCUGUCAUAUGGUGUCUUGUGUUGCUGUUUGCGCUGUUGCCCAUCGCAGGGGUCGGGAAAUAUACGCUCCAGUGGCCGGGCACCUGGUGUUUUAUCAGCACAGGGGACCGAGCGGUACCUGGGAAUAUGUUUUUCGCCAUCACUUUUGCAGUUCUGGGGAUUUUCUCUCUGCUUGUGACACUUUCAUGCAAUGUGGUGACGAUUCGAGGCUUAAUCAUCCGAUGUAAAACUAAAACCGGCACGUCUCAGUCCUCAAAACAGUGGGAGCGGCUCACCACAGAGACUGUCAUACAGCUGUUGGGAAUAAUGUGCGUCCUGCUCAUAUGCUGGUCACCUCUACUGGUUCUCAUGCUGAGGAUGAUCUCCACCCAAGUAUCCUCCCAUGAGUGUAAUUCAACUGCAGGGACUUCCAGUAACACCUCCGGUCGGGAUGUUCACUUGGACUGUAACUUUUUCCUCACAGCCAUCCGCUUGGCCUCCCUCAAUCAGAUCCUGGACCCGUGGGUGUAUCUGCUACUCAGGGAGAUCCUCCUACGCAAGUUCUGCCUGGUGGCUAGUGCAGUGUCCAACUGCUCCAUAGAGGAUCACAAAGAGACCCCGACGGCAUUAGAUGCACUCAACAAGGCAAAUCAAGAUGGAAACAACCUUCAGAAAUUACAGAAUAGCUAAAGCAAGCUUGGACGGGAUUUACUUUGUUGUGGCUUGGGCCUGGAUGGAUGCUGAAACUAGAGACAGUAUUGAACCUCACUUUCUCCUCAAGAAAGUUUUUGUGCAAUUGUUGAAAAGAGCAUGGAUUGUCUCACUGUUAAAGGAAAACACAGCCAGAGUGUGCUCUGGGUGCUUUUGUUUAGCUUUAAACACAUUCCUUUUAAAGUCACCUAACCAGCAUAUGGAAGCAUGACCGUGCCAUCUUGCUGCAGAAGGCUGACAGGAACUUUCCCAUUCCUAGUUUCAGUUUUAAAAACAUCUUUGAGGUGCAGGAACUGAAGAGAGGUGACUUUUAAGUGACUUUAUAUGGAAAUGUCUGCAUCUGUCAUGCUUCACAUUGGAUUUAAACAACUUGAAGCCAUAAUCCAACUACAGGACAAAUGGUUUUAUGAAUGUCUGUAAAUGAAGAAUCACACUGUAAAUAACCUAAACAAAGUUUUAAAUAUCUUUAACAUAAAAUGUUACCACUAUGUUUGAAACAUAGGCUGUAUAUUAAGAUGGACAGAGCAAUAGCUGCCUGGAACUGAAGUUAAAAUAUUUUGAGCUUUGCCUGCGCUUUGGCUGCAGCAUAGACCUUUUGCAUCCGACUUCAAACAGUCUGUUCUGUUUAAUGUAGAUACCAUAUCUGCUCUGAGAUCAGAUUUGCAUGUUUGCUAAUGACAUUAUGCAGUACAAUUUGUUGGACGUUGGUUUGAUGACGUGGCACAUUGUACUUGGCAGUGAGCCAGAGAUUUUCUUGAGCAGUGGUAAUUGCAAUUUUCUUGGCUGGUGUUAGAGAUCACUGCACUUUUAUCUAGCUUGUAUAUAUCUAACCGUCUGAGACUAUAGCAUAUAUGACGGGAAGAGGCACAGGUUAUAAAAGUUGAAUAACUUGUAAAUUGAACUUUUUUUCCAUAUGGAAGCCCUCCGAUUUGCUGUUCUAAUGACGCUAUCCAUGCCUUUGUAGCCCUAACAGGGGCUUUUCUAUUGAGCCCAGAACUUGGGUGACUUUCCAGGGUCUUUAAAGAUUAAAUCCAUGCCAUUAACUCUUAUAUUGAAUGUCUUUCAAUACAUUUUUAAUCAAUUUUUCAAAUGUUUGCUGCUAGCUGCUGAUGCUGUCCUCAAUAUUGUCUGUUUUAUAUCCCACAAUACACUGUGACUGGGCUGUGACAACCAAUGGCAGGCUGUUCUGUCGCCACGUCAUAAUUUGACAAACUUCACAUGUAUAUCCCAGAUGAGAAGGCCAGAAUAGCUCAUACUGGAGAGAGAGAACCUGUGUUGUGGCCCUCUGUGUCACUGCAGAUAGAAACUGCUUUGAAUGAUGUCACAAAUAGAGGUAACAUAAAGAAGCGCAAGGAUUUAUUUGUAAAUAUUUGAAUAUUUUGAAGACUUUUCCACUGAGAGAUUAUUUCACUUUGUCCCUAAAAGAUGGUAGAGCAAGUUUGUGCCAAAAAAGUCUUUACUGCUUACUGUGUGUCACACAAACAUUUCGUUUUUUCUUUUGUCUUUAUAGUCCCAUAACUUUUUAAAGUCCCAAGUGACAUUACUGCAGUAAACAUAUUCUUAAAGGCUUGGUUGUCCUAAAAAAGGAUAUUUAGAGCUUGACUGUGCACCACAGGGUUGACGUUUUACAGGCUUUUUAAGACAAUAAGUCCAGGUGAGAUAAAAUGGUUAAACAUUUUUCUUAGGACUCAGAGUUAAUAUUUAUUUCUAACUAUCAGAAUGAAGAGAGCACAGUUUAUCAAAGUCAAAUUCCUUGUAAAUUUAGACAUAGUGGGCCUAUAAAGCUGAUUCUAUUAUUUUUUUUUCAAAAACACUGAAAUGCACUAGCUGUGUUAGCCUGCUAGCAGUCCUAAAUUGACAACAAUCUACAAAAGGAUCAAACAUGAACGGUAUAACCUCACAGAUUCUCUUAGUGAAGAUUAUAUCAACUGCAAACUACUUCCUUACAGUCCCCGGUGAACAGCCAAUAUAAUGUGCCACAUCAUCAUACAUCAUUAUAUCAAUAUACCACCAGUCGAGAUGUGUAAUGUCACUAGCAGAUGCAGGGAACUGAGCAGAUCUGAUACUCAUGCUGGUCCCCACAUGGACAGCAAAAUGGGCAUUUGUAACCGAAGCACUGAACAGGCUAUCGCUAACACAAAAGCCACGGUGACCCUGUUUAUGGGUGACAAAAUGAGAUGUUGAAAACUCGCAAAUUCUUCUUUGUGUAAUCUGAUGAGCAUAUUUUUUACAUUUUAAUGCACCAUUAAACAAAAGAGGCAUCAGCACUGGCCACAUAGGCAUCGCUGUCUGUGUAUGGGAGAAAUGCCUUAUUCAGUCUUCAGCCAGUCUUUACAAAUUUUUCUGUGAGACACCUUAAGGUGAAUUACUUAAUGUGGAAGAGUCACUAACAAUGUUGUAUUACUUUCUCUUUUAUUAGUCCCAAAUUCAGCUAAGAUGUAACUGUUAACUAAAAUGCACAGCAGCCAAAUAUCAACCCCAGCAUUUUUUCCAUCCACUGUAGUGAGUGGCGUACACCGUGAGGGACCUUUGAAUUUUCCUCUUUAAGUUUAAUGGACUUUGUUAGGCAGAGGAUGAAUGCUGUUAAUUUGUCUGAUAUGUUCAUGUCUUGGCUCCAAACUGCCUAACCAGUGUAAUACAUUAGCUGUAGAGGGGGGGCAGUUGGCUCCACUUUUGUUCAACAGAAGGUGAUACACUGUCCAUUUUAAUAUACAAUGGAAGGUUUAUCAAAGAUUGCUCGUCUUUCAGAGGAAAAAUACAAAUCCUAAACUGGAGCCAAUUAUUGAUUGCACGAUUAUUUAUUGGUCUAAAAAGAAGUAUGAUGAUAGAUGUUUAUAUACUGAAUGUUAAACUGUACAUGAAACUCAUCAGCUAACAGACAAGACUGUGAAAUGUGAAGCUUUUAUCCACUAAGUUUAAAAGAUGUCCAAGUAUAUCCCAUCAUUGCUUUCUUUUCAGAAUCAUUUCAGUGCCCCUGUAAUAUACAUGAGAGUUUACAGGAAAAUGUAAAAGAUUUUUGGGGUUCAAGAUUAUAGGAUCAUCUAAGCAAGAGGCCUGAUACUGUAGUUCCAGUAUUGCAGCCGUCACUAUCCAAGAAAUAUUAAGCAAUACUUGCCUGUUUCUUGGAUUUCGUAUAUUUCUGUUCUUCAAGUAGACAGUGUUAAACCACAAAUGUACUUGACUUCACCAGCCAAGAGUAUUUGGAGGGAAAAAUAAUGCUGGCACAAUGCAUUGACCGCUAAAAUAACUGGGAGGAAGUAGAGUGCUGUAAAAUCACAAGGCUGAUCAGCUUAGAUAUAAUGAAAUGAAGAAUGUCAUGUCAAAAUGUUGCAAAAAAACAAAAGAUUGAAAAGCUUUUUUGGCACUGACACUGUGUCACUGCUACAAGCCAUGUGGCUUUACAAGCUUUCAUCAGUGUCAGGUGUUUUAAUAGCCACAGUAAUUCAGGCUUUUAGUUGUAUGUUAUCCUUUUACAGACAAAUCAUACCCUGAAGCCUCACCACAUUGCAGAAGUGCAUUUCCAUUCAUUUUAUGGCGUAAAACUUCUCAGAGGUCUCACAUGAGGGUAUUAUGUAAUGAAGAGGUUUGCUCUAGCGGUGUAACUAGGUGAAACUUCAAUUUAUCCCUUUAACAAGAUGCACAUUGAUUGAAUGUAUUUUAAAUGUAUUAAAAUAUUGCAAGCAUCUCAAUCAAAGACAUGUCAAGGAUGGUCACAUUAGCUCUCAAUUACUGAGCUAUAUGUCACACCAACAACACAAAUCUGCCUUCUCAGUAUUUUCAGUCAACAAGAUUAAACUUAGGAACAGUCUGCCUUUGCCCGGUCAUGCCUUUCAGAUGAGAGACGACCAACAUGCUCAGUGAUAAUUAACAUAGAAAAUACCUUGGGAUAGGUGAACAUUUCUGUUCCUGUGAAACUUACAUUGAUUGUGGAGUUGUGUGCCUUUAGAGCCCACUUGUAGUGAUCAACAGUAAUUGGAUGAUGGAAAACAAAAACAGUGAACAGACUGGUAGAUAAUUGUUUGAUUCAAAGUUGAUUGCAACCAAAAACACGGCAAAAUAACUUUUAUCUUUAUUUUGUUUAUUGCAAUAUGAAAAUACACUGUAAAAGUUAAAAGAAAAUAUGGCUGAAAAAACCCAAAUAGCACCAGUUAAAGACCAAGUAGAUGCAUGAAAUUACCAGAAAUCAGAGCACAACUGUGAUUUUUAAGAUAAAAAUUUCGCCAAGAAAAUUAUAAAUAGUGUAUUAUUACCUGUAAAUGUAUUUUUGUUGGUCUAUUUUUUUUUUUUAAUUUGGCACAUUACUGUAAACAGAUUUAUAUAAUUGUUUUUUCAGCAAUCUUUUUUUUCAGCAGAAAGUUUACUAUCACGUUAUUCAUGUCAAUCUACUCUAAAUGAAUACACAGCAAAAUUAUCCUUUUAAUUUAACUUCCAUAGUGUUAAAUUUAACACUUUUUCUGAGCUGACAUAAUUUUAACCGGUUCUGAGUUACAUUUACACUUUGGAAAGUGUUGAUAUUUAAAUUUCUUGUAACUUGUGUAACACUCAUUGUGUUUUUGUUUACACAUUUAAGUGUACUUUUAACACAAUACUGUGUCAUUUCCUUUCAUUCUGGGUGUUAAUUUACAUACAUAGGAAUUGCCACCUUGUAUUAAUUACUUUGCUGCUGUUGGGCCAAAACCUUUUAGCUCAGAAAUCAUCACUUUCUAGGGAAUGAAAAAAAACCUCAACUGUAUUAUUUAUUUAUUUAUUAUUAUUAUUAUUU